UGGAUCGUAUUGGAAGGCGACAAAAUCAAAAAAAGAAGAAGGAAAAAUGGAUUUCUACAGCUCAUUUCUUGCACUCUUGCAAUUGCAAGGUUCUCUUCUCUAUGUAUUCAUGGUGAGUUGUCAAAUGAUAUGAGGUGGAGUGGAGAGACUUUGCUUUGCUUUGAUAAGAAACUGGAAUCGAUCACUUGUUUCUAACGCAAAAUCUCUCUGCCAGUCCUAAGAUUAGGACCUUGGAAGAGUAACAAACCAAACCAAACAAAACAAAACAAUAUAUAUAUACACACACACACAGAGAGAGAGAGAGAGAGAAAGGCUCUGACUUUGGGCACGGGGAAAUGUGAUCCUCCUUGUAAGGCUUAAGCUUUCCCCCACCUUCUUCUUAUAACUCAAAUCAUUUUCCAUUUUUUCCACUCACCAUCUCUUUCCCACAAUAAUCAUCAAUAUCAUUUUGGCUAUUGAAGACAUGAAAAGAACAUACUGGUGUUUUAUAUUGAUUCUGCAAUUAGCCUGUUGGGUUUCUGCUGCAGCCAGAACUUUUGCUCCAAAUCAUGCUCUCCUUCCUCAUAAACAACAAGGUCGUCUGGUUUUUUCUUUUGUUGCUGCCAGGUCUUAUUUCAGGCUCUUUGGAUUCAAAAGAGGCUGGUAAAGGUGUAAAUGAAGAAGCAUUCUAUAGAGGGAUGAGGAAAAUAGGGUCAAGUCCGCCGAGCUGUGAGCACAAAUGCUAUGGAUGCAUUCCAUGUGAAGCCAUUCAAGUGCCUACAGCCACCAACAGGCACAGCCAUGUGGGGGUCCAAUACACUAACUAUGAGCCUGAGGGUUGGAAAUGCAAGUGUGGCCCUUCCUUUUACAGCCCUUGAUUCUGAGACCAAAAAAAAAAAAAAAACAAUAGAAUAAUAAAAAAAAUAAUAACCUUCCUUUUUCCAUCAUUUUCUUUGGCUUUUGCAUCAUUUCCCAUCCCACUGUAUAGAAUUUCUUAAUUGAAAGUUAGUUUCCAAUAUC